AUGAAAUUAUGGUACUUUAUCAGUCACAUCCCGUGUCCAAAGAGACCAACACGUGAAAGCAAACAGUUCAUUGAGUCAUGCGUCGUAAGGAGCAACAUCUUACUACAACUACGAAUCGAGGAAGAAGUUUGAUUUCAACGAGGAUACAACAGCAUCAACAACGUAAAAUGCAAAACGUAAAGAAGAGUCAACUUCCUAGAAGUUAUUCAUCGCCUGGAAAAAACAGUGAAGUUGAAAAUAAAGGAAAUGUGAUGCGUAGUUUCUCGUCUCCUGAUUCUAAACAAGUGUUCUACCGACGCAAUUCAGAUACGACUAGUCUGAUAUCUAAGCCCGAGUGUUCUAAAAGUGAGUUCGAUUCUGAUUUGGAUAACUACGAGCUUUUUGAAGAAAGUUUUAUUGAUAUCGACGCAGAACCGGAUGACAUCACUUUUGGAGCUUACACUAAGAACCCUGAAAUUAAUGAACCUAAAAAAGUAGUUGCCACACUUCUACCCGGCAGUGGUAUUCAAAAAAUCGCAAUGAAACCAAUUUCACCACGCACCAUUCAAAAAAUACAAACUUCUCGUCAAUCUAAACGGAAACAUAGAAGUAGAGACGAAAACAAAGCGACUAAUCUCCUAAACUUUCGACCUUUGGUGUUGAAAAUGCCGAGUCCUCGUGCCGUGCGUUCUGAACGGGACCACUCGUUGGGUAUAGAAGAGCUUAGAAGAUCACCAUCAAUAGAAGUUGAAGCUAUAGAACUGGAAAAGCAGUUGGACUGCGCUGAGCAACAUUUAGAUGCAGAAAUCGCAAUUGCCACUGCCGAGGAAAGUGACAACGAGGAGUUUAUGGUCGAAUGGAGACAAGUAGAAAAGACCUUUGAAACUAUUUAG